GGACCAAGAGGAAGGGGAUCCCGGGGGUGGGGAGCGUAUUGAGCUCACAGGGCGGGAUGUGGAUGCUGGAGGUGGCGUGGCAGAGGCCCGAGGGCAGGAGGGGCCCCGUGAGCACCCGGCAUAGCAGGGCAGGGGAAGCUCCUUCUCUCCUCAGCCCCCCACCACCUCCUGCCACGUGCUCGGCACCCAGCUGGCACAGGCCGAGCCGAGCACGCAACUAGUGCACGUGCGCGCACAGGACCGCUGGCUGCGGGGGCUGCAGGCGCGCGAGCGCAGGCAGCUGACGGUGCUCCUCUCUGGGGGGAGGCUCCCGUGGCAGCCCUGGGCAUCCCUGAGCGUGCAUCUGCGUGGCCGUGCCCUGCGCGUGAGAGAGCGUGUGCGCGCCUGUGCUCGGGGACUGUCCCCGCCAGUGUGCGUGCCUGACAGUGCCCGCGCCCGUGCCCCUCACACCCUGCUGGCUCCCGCCGCGCAGGUGCAGCCAUGCUGGCAGAAGCGGUGAAGGAAGACCUCCGCAUGCUCCGGGAGCGCCUGGCCCAGUGUUCUGCGGAGUCCGUAAGGCACAAGGAGCUGCUGCGGUGUCUGGGGAAGAAGCAGCAGGAGCUGAGGGAAGCCAUGGAGGAGCUCAGGAGAGAGAACUGUGAUGUGGCGCGGUGUUUCCGAAACAACCGCCAGGAGCUCCAGGAGCUGGAGGGGCUGGUGGCCCAGACAAAGGAGCACUUUCAGAUGGAGAACGGGGAGGCAGGCGUGAGCGUGGAAGAGGCGCAGAAGGCAGACCUCUUUCAGGGAAAGGCAGGAGGAGGCACAGCAGUGCCGGAGCUUUUCAAGACGGACCAGUGGUCAGAGCUGACAAAAGCUCUGCAGGAGCAAGUUGAGGUCAAGAAGCUGCUCAGGAACAAGCUCCAGCACCUCCAGGAGAGACAGGAAUGCCUGCGAGAGCCAAGAGCUUUCAGGGGGAAGAAGGUGCAGGCAGAACCACCAGAGGAGUCGCUGCUGCAGGAGAUGGUGGCCGUGCAGCUGGAGGAGCAGCUGGCGUCAAGGAGGCACGGCAUCACUUCUUGGCUGAGGAGACUUCUUCUGUUCCUCGCCUUCCUCCAGAUCGCCAUCCUCAUCGUGGUUGUGCUGAAGGGGGACAUCCUUGACUGGGUCCUGCCACCAAAGCUGGCGGCCGCCUUUGGGAGCCGCCCAGCGAGGUCCCAGCUCUUCUGA